AUGAAGACUAAAAAGUACGGCAAAGGCCACUAUACUAAUUCUAAACGGCAUCCUAUUAACAGAAAGAAUCCAGCAUCGGCUGCUGUGGAUACUCCAGACAGCGACACUACUAUUGACGCUUGUGUAACUCUUUUAUCUCAACAAACUAUUUCUACUCAAGAGCUUAACCUUGACCAACAGAAGCUUAGCACAGUAUCAGAGCACUUUGUAAAGUCCGUUUCCACAGACUCUGCUUGUCUUGAGCCUCCGCCUGUUCCUAUCAGUCCAAGUCCAGCAUCACUUGCCCAAAAAAAGUGCAACAAUAGCAAGAAAGGCUCAAAAAAUAUACCGUCCAACAACUCGAUCCAUUCGUCUCUAUCUUCAAGAGGGAAAGUGAGAUUUGAUUUAGCUAAUAACAAAGUGGCUCAGUUCAAGUCUGGCGAUCGUCCCAGCAUUUUAGCUAAUCUACUCAAGAUACACUGCCAUAUGCCUACAUCUCCAGUGGAAAGCAUGGAUUCAUUAUCUCUGUCGCCAAAAAAACCUGCAAUUUCACUCAAAUCACUCAAAGAUUAUCGGGAAUCCGGUGCCGCAGCUGCCAUCUACGAUGCUGUGGCUGCUGCAGAAUCUCAAAAUACGGAUGCAAGUGAUACCAAUACACAAAAAAAUGCUGGUUUGAAAAAAACUGCUAAUGAUGAAACUCCAUCUGCUUAUACAUCUCGCAGCACUAAUUUACUUGGGGAUAACAAAAAUCUUGUUGCCAGUUCAAACUCAAUCAAGCUUUGCCAGAAGCAAAAUAAAAAACGCAAGAAGCUAAUGCAGCAAUCAACAGAAAUGACUACUGAUUCUAAUAGUGAGCGAGAAAGGGAGUCUACAUCUAUUCCAAAAAAACAUGCCACCAGCCGACCAAGUGAUCUGCCAACUACAAUUCCACCUUUUGAAGAAGCUAUAGCUUCACUUGUAGCGUAUCUGUCAACUUCCCCUAUAGCCACGUACAAAGAUGAGCUUCCUAAAUUGUUUAGUCAAUACAAUAUUUCAGCAAAAGAACAAAAGGCAUGCAUUGCCGCUAAUAUAGCAGCAUCCAUAAAAGAUCUACAGAGAGCUGUCGCAACCAAUGGCAAAGUACCAGCCAAGCUGUUUAAAGAAGCUAGUCCAAAAUCUCUUUCCAAUGGGGAAAGCAUUGAUACAGCACAUUUUCCCAGUGCAGAAUCUACUGCUGAUGCUCAUAUGAUGGCUGGACCAGAAACAUCCACCAUAUGCUUUCAAACCAGUAUACCUCAUGUCGCGAUAGGCUCUAUUCAAGAUUCUUUAUUUCGUCGCGAUAGUAAACUAGAUGUGGACUCUAAGGACAUCAAGACAGUCGCAUGUGAAUCAAAAAAUUUGAAUUUAACUGAAGCUGACGCAAAGUUGGUAUUUAUUGAUGGAUAUCCAAUGAUCACGUUUCCUGCAUGGAAAAAGGCUUUGAAAAUCAUGAUUGAGUUGCCAAUCGCUCAAGAUAGGUACGAAAAGUGUGUUAACCGAUAUAAAAUAGAGGUGACUUUAUUUAAAAGCAUUGCAGAGCCGUAUCCAAAAAAGAUUGAUAUGGAACUUGUAGAUUUUCACAAUCAACCAAUGACUGCAGAAACUGUUCAAAUUGACAAUGAAUCAUUGAUUGACGAAGCUCUUUUUGCUGAAAUGAACGAUGCUACACUAAAGCAAAAUAUCGCCGAGGAAACGGAUGCUAUGUUGCACUUGGAUGAAUUGUCUGAUUUAUCGGAUUCACCUCGAUCAUCACGCCAUCUUUCGCCUGUAUAUAUGUCUCAGCUCUAUGUAGAUAUAAAAGAUACACAAUCUAGUGUAACUACAGUAGACUCAACUGAUCCGGAUUUUGCUGUUACGUCAUCAUUAAACGAAAAUUCAUCGGUAUCUCAACUACCUAUGUCAAAUAUCUCAGCCAAUGUGUGGUGUGGACUACUGAACGAAGGAGUGGACUGUUAUUUUAUUAAUAUCAUUCAAUGUCUGGCAAGCAUUCCUGAAUUUUCAGCAUAUUUUAUCGAUGGAACGUUUAUGAGUCAUCUCAACCGAGAGAAUCCGCUUUCCAACAGCAAGGGGCAAAUGGCAGAAAUGUUUGCAAAAUUACUCAAAGAUUUGACUUUAUGCUCACGCCCUUUUUUCCCACAAGCAUUGAAAAGAACUUUAUCAAAAUGUUGGGCACUGUAUGAUUCAUAUACUCAGCAGGAUGCACAAGAAUUUCUUAAUUUUAUAUUGGAUGAGCUUCAUGAGGAUGUGAAUCGCAUUUUCCAUAAGCCGUGCAUUGAACUUCCCGAUUUCGAUGAUUCCGUUUGUUCGACAGAAGUUGCCGCAAUUUACUGGGAUGCUCAUGCAAAAAGGAAUGAUUCGAUCGUUGUUGACAUGUUCCAAGGCCAAUACAAGAGUCGGAUCAAAUGCAAAGCAUGUGGCAAAUCAUCUAUCAAGUUUGACGCCUUUAUGAAUCUGAGUAUGGAGAUUCCUCAGAUUAAUGUUGAUUUUCAUUUCUAUUUUACGCCAUUUGGCCACCCCCCGCAUUGGAAUCGUCUCUCUGUGCCUGCGCUGAUGUCGAUGGAUGAUUUACUAGAGAAGAUAUCCAAAGCAUACAAUACUCAGACUGAAAAUCUUAUGUGUGGGUUUCUCCAAGAUCAACACACGAUUCAUAAACUUGAUAAAUUAAGCGGUGUAGUGCAGGACUAUCUCUCUUUUGCUGACACAACUCCAAGCAUAAUAAUUUACGAAGUUCCGUAUGAUCAAACUUACCUGUGUAUAUCACAAUUUGUGACUACAUUAGAAGAUCAAGACAGUGCUAGUAAAGCAAGCGAUGGAGAUGAACAACAUGGCUGUAAUCAGUCAGUUGGAUUUCCUAUUCUUAUAACUCUUCCCAAGGCACUUUAUACGCACAGAGAAUUAUAUAUUGCCAUUUUUAAGCAACUUUACUCCAGACAAAUGGUUUGCGGGAUAACGCUGGAAGUGCUAAUGGAGAUAGAAGAACCUUUUUUUACUAUCCAUUCGGAUAAUAAUGAGGAUCAUGAUGGGAUUGAAAAGAUAUACCUUGGAGGUGGAGAGCAGCAUGUGUCACUUUUGUGGAAAAACUGCAAUCUUUUUUGCAAGGUAUUGGAUCUGGAUAAAAUUCAAAAGCCGAUAUCGGGGUGUAUCGACGAUGAAUCUCCACGUAGUAUCUCAUUUUACGACUGCAUCAAACAGCAUCUUAAAGAGGAAGAGGUUGACGAGUGGUAUUGUGGGAAUUGCAAGAAACACACCAAUGGUUUAAAGAAGCUAGACCUUUGGAAACUCCCCAAGAUAUUGAUUGUGCAUCUCAAGCGGUUUGUUUUCAAUCCUCAUCUUGAAUCAUGGGCCAAGUUGGAGUCAAGAGUGGAUUAUCCACUUGACGAUUUAGAGAUGGGCCAGUUUAGUGUGUGUGAUAUGGAGCAGUUUAAGCGAUACGAGCUGUUUGCCGUAAGUAAUCAUCACGGUAGCACGGAUUCUGGACACUACGUGGCAUUAUGCAAACGGAUGAACAAAUGGUUUAAAUUUGAUGACGAGCUUGUUGAACCGGCAGAGUUUGACUCUAGAUAUUAUAAAUUUGGAUAUGUUCUUUUUUACCGACUCAAGCCAAACGAUACCGACAUCUUAUCUACGGGUCCCAUUGCAACUAAAACUUUUUUAAGCAAGACACUGACAAAUGGGCCAGAAAGUCGUGCAUACGAGACUAUAGAUCGAUCCCCACACUUGAAUCCAAAUCUUGAAGCAAAAGGCUAAUCACAUCUUUCAGUAUUGAACUUGCAAUGGAAGAAUAAAAAGUCCACAUUGCUUUAAAAACUGGUUUACAGCCGUA